AUCCACAUAUCUACCAGAGCCAUAUUUUUUCACCGCCGCUUUUAUCGCGCCAGCAUUAUUAGUGUCCAAGUGAAGUGUUUCGAGAGGCUCGGUGCUAAUAUCGCGUUAUCUGAUGAUGAUUGGUGUAUAACAUAGAAUCGGAACGUUAUGUGGGCGGUGGAACCGCCGCGUGUGAAUGGACGGCUCUCGGAUCGAUAGAGCUCAGUGCGCAGGCCCGCCUUAACAGAACACAGCUGGUGGCUUCGCAUCUUUCCUGCAACACUUCCACGAACUCAACCGCGUCUCAGUGCCUGUUGUGAAAUUAAAAGUGCCUGGCAGAUUGCGGAUAUGUUCGCGACCUCCCGCCGGCUCUAAACGAUGUGAUGAGCCGCCAGCGGCCGGCUCUGUGGGCGCUGGCGCUGCUCUGCACGCUGGCGUCCUCGCACGCCGAUGGAAACAUAGGUUGCUUAUUCAGCUCAACCUUGUGCAUAGAGGGCGCGGAGUGGUGCUAUGACGAUUUCGCCUUCGGGAAGUGUAUACCGAUCUACGAGAGCGAAGUGGAUGAAGGCGCGCUGUACCAAUAUGACAUGAGCUCGGAACAGCUGCAAUGGUUCGAGGAGGAGCUGCAGCGGCUAGCGUCCCGCGGUUACCGCUGGGAGCACGCCUACACGCAGUGCGUGCUGCAGGCAAUGCUGUACACGCUACGCCAGGACCUAGACCCAACAAAGAUCAAUCAAAAAAUAUGCGACCAUUUCGUGGACCCCAAACUAGGUUCCGAUGUCGCUGAUACAACUGAAGAAGAUAAUGAACCCGAUGAACAAGAGGCCUACAUUCGUUUUACUCCUAACUCUCAACUUGACUCAAAUUAUGCCAAUGAGGUGUAUAGCCCUCCGUUAACCGACGAGGAAGCUGCUGAACUUCUUAUUCCAAAAGGGCCCAUAAUAUCUGAUGAAGAUCAAGUAAUCUCAGCUGAAGAAACCCCAAGCGAUAAAUUACGCGAUCUAAUGUUAAUGAGUGGAGACGAAGAGUCUCCUGUCAUUCUACCUUUUGAGGGUUUUCGAGAGAGAAUUAGGGCUGCUCAAAAAGCUAGAGCCGCUGAUCCCGAAGCGUAUGCCAGCGCUAUUGUGGAUAAAAUAAAGAAGUCUUUGCCUAUAAUUAGCGCAAAUAGAGCUGAAGAUACCGGAGGAUAUGAUGAAGAGCGCCUAGGUGCUCAUUAUAGAAAGAUGAAAGUAAAAGCACCUCCGUUCACGGCUGAGUAUAUCCUCGGAAAUAAUGUAUCGCCUCUUGAUGCAGAGGUGCUCUCAAACGCCCAAGAAAAGUACAAACAAAGCUUCGCUGAGAAAAAUUUCCCAUUUGAAUAUGAAAAUCCUAGCGAUUUACCUGAACAAAGAAUUUACUUCGACGAUAUGGAAGAGGUACCCUAUGAUAUGGGUAGCGGAGAGCUUGAAAACUGGAAAGAUCUCAAUAUCCCGGAAUCUGAGGCGAAACAUUCCAAGAAUAUGGAGUACUUGGUGAAUUACUGGCGCCAAAUUGUUGAUUCCAAAUUAAAGCCGCAAGGAGCUCUCUAUGCUGAAGGUGGUCCCCUAAAGGCUGAGGAUUUGCAAGGUGAAAAUUCAAAAUUUUACCCCGAGGAUUUUCAAGAUUUACUAACUAAAGAUUGGGGGUUUAUGCGUAGGGAACGAGAUGAUGUUAAAAAGCCUGGGCCUCGCCUGGACGCGAAAGUCCUAAAGCAUUAUUUGCACCAGAAUAAGUCAGUGACAGGUCAAGGCACGCCUAGCGCACAAAAGUUUACCGGCGUCCAUGAUCACAAUGACUACGAUUACGAUCCUUCUUAUGCGUACGUCCUCUUCAAAAACCGGUUGUUUAACAAUUGGGAUGUCGGCGUCUCUUUUAUCAAAAAAAUUGAAGAAAAACUGGGAUUAGAGGACAAAACUUUCACAAAUCCUCGAGUGGACAAGGGAGAAGUAACGUUCAAAGUCGAGAAGAAUAGUAAGGGAUAUGAUGCAAGCACUGUAGCUAAGCGUAUUGAUGACAUCAAAGACGAGUUACGGCGUGAGACUGGUGUUAAAAUUUUGGCAACAGGUGUCGGAGAUCGAAGCAAACGACCAAUAAUAGAGCAUUCAGAGUCUUCUGAGACUCAAAUAUUCGGCUUGGAGCUCCCAGUGCUGAUGGCUCUAGUGGGCAGCUUGUCCGUUCUUCUGGUGGGUGGCGUAGUGUUCGCUGUGCUGCUGAAACGAGACCUGAACGGGAAGAGGAAGAUGCAGGGACUGUCAUCGGCUGCUGACAUCGACGCUGAGGCUACUAGAGACUACCAAGUAAAGGAGCUGUGUCGCGCGCGCAUGUCUGGCAAGUGGUCGGGCCAGCAGACCACUACCGCACCGCACCCAGCUGACCCCCCUCAGCGGAUCACCUCGCUGUCACGGGAACCUGACGGCAACUCGCCAUCCACUCGCUCCAGCACUUCAUCCUGGAGUGAGGAACCAGCAUUGACUAACAUGGACAUAUCUACUGGACACAUGGUUUUGGCAUACAUGGAAGACCACCUCCGCAACAAGGACCGCCUGGAGCAGGAAUGGCGCGCCCUCUGCGCAUACGAGGCCGAGCCAUGCGCCACCAACGCCGCCAUGAAGGAAGAGAACACCGGCAAGAACCGCUAUGCUGACGUCUUACCUUACGACCACUCGAGAGUUACGCUAAACAAGCUGUCUAACCAUCUCGGCUCGGAUUACAUCAACGCUUCUACUAUUACGGACCACGAUCCUCGUAACCCAGCCUAUAUCGCCGCCGCGGGUCCUCUAGCUCACACGGCGCCCGACUUUUGGCAGAUGGUUUGGGAGCAGGGCAGCGUGGUGAUGGUGAUGCUGACUAGGCUGACGGAGAAUGGACAACAGCUAUGCCACCGAUACUGGCCUGAGGAAGGCUCCGAGCUCUACCAUAUCUAUGAGGUCCAUCUUGUGAGCGAGCACAUCUGGUGUGACGACUACUUAGUCCGGAGCUUCUACCUGAAGAACCAACGUACUGGCGAGACCCGUACCGUCACCCAGUUCCACUUCCUCUCCUGGCCCGAGAAUGGCGUACCAGCAUCUACCAAGGCGUUGCUCGAGUUCCGAAGGAAAGUCAACAAAUCGUACAGAGGGAGGUCUUGUCCUAUCGUGGUUCACUGCAGUGACGGAGCCGGCCGCUCGGGCACCUACUGCCUCAUCGACAUGGUACUCAACCGCAUGGCCAAGGGCGCGAAGGAGAUCGAUAUCGCAGCCACACUCGAGCAUAUCCGAGACCAGAGGCCGAGGACUGUCGCCACCAAGCAACAGUUCGAGUUUGUGCUGAUGGCUGUCGCUGAGGAGGUACACGCUAUACUGAAAGCUCUACCGGCCCAACUACAACAAAUGCAAGAAAAGAAGGACAAGGAAAAGGACAAAGACAAAGAAAAGGAAGGCUCCGAGAAAGAGAAGCCUAACAACUGAACACUUUGCUAUUCGUCGUUGUUGCGUUGAUCACUGUAAUAUUUGUGUGUUUCCAAUUCCAGGCUGAGAAUUUCGCUGAUUCGUCUAUUUAUUGUCUACGUUCAUUUAUAAUAUUUUAAACUUUCGCGUUUUGAACACAUAUUUAACUCACAUUUAUCGGCUUUUCGUUGGGUAGUUGCACAAAUCUCUUUUGACAUUUUUCUGGGACAUCAGUCAGCCGCGACCACGACCAGUGAAACCUGUGUCGAAACGUAGGUAAAUCAAGGUAAUUAAAUAAAAUUCGCGUAGACCCGUCUAUAAAUGUGAGUUAAUAUACGUUCAUUUAUUUAUUGUGUAAACAAAUCUAUCCGAAAUUCUCAACCUUGACGACAAUAAAGCAAACUGGGCGCGAUUACAAAAUGGACUUCUUGACUUAUUAAGUUAUUACAACGGCCGUUUAGGUCGUAACUUAGUAUAUUUUAUCACUACAAACUUAGGACAUAAAUAGCGUUAGUUGUAACUUCCCAUUGGCUGUAAGUACAGUCGCGGAUAUAGACAUGUACCUACACAAAUUCACAUUUUUCAUGAUAUCGGGUGCAAAAGAAUAGGUACAUGUUUAUAAAAGUGACAGUACAGACGUACUUAAAACGCUACAUCAUCUAUUGUUGCCGUAUAUCUUGGCAUUUAUUUUUUUACAGCUUUUUAACUGCGAGAGUAAAUAUUUUCAUAAGGAUAUGCAUAAAUAAUUUUACGGUUCAUACCUAAAUUUACUUACAUAAUACCUGUCCAAACUAUUUAUUUAUUGACAAAUGGAAGUAUUUUAGAAAUAUUAUGUUAUUAAUAUAACCUCCUUAUUUAAAUGAUGUAAUUGUAUGCCUAACGCCUAUUAUAUUUAUAACUAUUACCUAAGUAUAAAUCAUGUACCUAAUGUACUUAUAUAUGUAUGUUAUCAUCGUCAUCAUGUUUUGUUGUAAAAAAUAAUAUAUAUUACGGUCAAUUGUUGAGGUGUCUAAAAUGUCCAAAUCUAAUUUGCAAGCAUUUAAUUAUUUAUGAUUAUAAUUUUGUAACGAAGACCCAAUCAUGUACAGUCAGCUACAAAAGUAGCUACGCUGACAAAGUAACUGAUAUGAUCUGCACCAGCUCUUAUUCUCUUGGCUAUAGGGAGUAAUGAAGAUCAUUUGAGUUAUUUGUUCGAGCAGCUACUUAUGCUGCUGAGUGUACUACACAUUUCGAACUCUUGCAUACCUAUCGUGGACGCCCAGCCCGUCCACGACUGCAUUUUGUUAUUUUAUAAUAAAAUGCCCGCAAGAGUCUCGAGAUGACCAAAUAGAAUUAUAGUAAAGCUCGCCUAAUACGAACAUGUUUUAUACGUACGUAAUACAUAAGUAAGUAAUAGGUACGUAAUAAUUUUCCACAUGUCCUCAGGCGUAUAUGAUCGUUAUAAUAUUCUGAGUCCUCAUGCGACUCUCCGCACCUGUUUCCAGUUCAAUCCUUUAAAUCGUAUUAUGCGGGUUUUACUGUUAUAAUGCAGUUUUGAACAUACUAUUGCAUAUUUGAUACGAAUGUUUGGAUAUCUUUAAUCAAAUGUUGAUCUUUGUCUUAAAAAAAUACAAAAACAUAUUUUUAUUCUACUGUGCAUGGGAUGCAUUAGCUGUGAAUCGAUCUAGUCUAUGAGUAAAUUUAAUAUUUUAUCGUUAAAUUUAUCGCGUUGUCUAUGCUUUUUAAUUAUUGGAAGGCGCAAGCUGCUCCGAGUACAAGCGAUGAUUUAGGUAGAAAUCAAAUUCGGGAUAAGAAACGUUUGGGAAUUUCUGCUAGGUGCUUCAUGUCACGAAGGCGAGGGAACUUACCAAAGUCAGAUUUAACUUCUUGAGAGUAUGAGCUUAUUUGCAUUCAUACACGACACAAAUUCGUGCGUAAUAUCAUUCUCUUGUAGUCAUCCGUGUUAUAUACCUCCAGAUAGGCAGUUAUUUAUUACCACAAGCAGCCAAGCGCACUGCGGCCACGAAUAUAUUUAGUGCUUGGUAGCCUCAAAAGGACCCCUGAUGAAGUCCGAAACGUAGGCAGCUAUAACACUGGCAUGCCUUCGUGAAAUGAAAAUAGCUUACAUUAACUCCCAUUUUAUUCUAGGUAAGCGUUUAAAGACUUGUACUGGACAGCUGCAGCCCUAAGUUAAUUGUCGAUGGCUGCUAGAGGCGUUGUUUCCCGUUCUUUAUUUAAGUUUUACCUUUAUAUGUUUAACGUUGUAAACAUCCAAGCAAUUUUUACAAUUGCAUUGAACCAGAAGAGUGGACAUUUAAUGUCCUCGGCCGAAUCAUAUCCUGUACGAACGGAAUACCUGAUAAUGUUUAAUCUGAAUUAACGAGAUCAAAAUAAAUAUUUACAGAUCGUAGCUGAAACUAUAGAGAUCAUAAUAAGUAUCUAUAUGCAUAAAAUUUAUGUAAGAUUAUAUUUAUUGAAAUGGAAAAUGUAAAAAAAAUAUUACCCACGAAAUUAAAAAUGUAGAUUAGAUUUAGGGCAAAUAUAUUAAUCGUAUUUCUGUAUGAAAUUAUAUGUAGUUUUUAUGUGGAUGAUUGAA